AUGGCCGAGAAGCACGCGUCUGGAGAGCGUGGACGUGCUGCUGACGAUCUGCUGCUGAGGCCCGAGACUUGCACAGCGAAGGAUUUCACUGUAAAGGAAGUGGAGGAGAGGAACUUCUGGUCCGGACCUCUGGCGAAGACAUGGACCCUGAUGCUGCUGUCGGGCACUUGCCUCCUGUACUGCACAAGAAUGGCGAUGCCAGUCUGCGCCGUCUCGAUGGCCGCCGAGUUUCACUGGAGCAGGACCGAGUCCGGUCUGGCUCUGGGGGGGUUCUUCUGGGGUUACUGCUUGACACAAAUCCCAGGAGGAUACGCCAGUGACAGAGUAGGAGGAGAGUGGGUCCUCUUCCUCUCCACAGCAUCCUGGGCUUCCAUCACAGUGGUCACCCCUCUUCUGGCACAUGUGGGGAUUCAGCCCCUCACCAUCAUGACCAUAACCCGGUUCCUAAUGGGCCUGUUACAGGGUGUGUACUACCCGUCCUUGGCCAGCCUGUGCUCCCAGCGUGUCGCUGAAGGAGGGAGAGGCUUCAUGAUGGGCACCAUGAGCAGCGGUUGCUAUCUUGGAACAUUGUUGGUAGGUGGGCUGGGGUCCCUGAUGUUGGAGUGGUAUGACUGGGAAAGUGUCUUCUAUUGCACGGGUUUCCUGUCUGGAAUCUGGGCUCUCAUCGUGUGGCGGCAUUUACUGACAGGUAUACUGACAGGUCGGGUUUCCUCCAGACUGACGCUGUCUCGUCACGGCUCACACAAGAGUGUGUCAGGAACUCACUGGAUGAGACUUCUUAAGAAGCCUCCCGUGUGUGCCAUGGUCUUCGCCCACGCGUGUUACUGCGGCACUUCCUAUACCUUGCUGUCGUGGCUGCCCACCUUCUUCGAAGACACAUUUCCUCACGCCGUGGGCUUGGUGUAUAACGUCGUACCGUGGUUGUUCGCCAUCCCGUCCGCGCUCACCGGGGGAUACCUUUCAGACUUCUGCAUUAACCGAGGGCACGGGGUGGCGUCGGUGAGGAAGAUGAUGCAGGUGAUGGCCAUGGGUGUGUCCAGUUUAUUCCUCCUGCUGCUGUGUGGACCCACCACAUUCCCCUGUGCUCUUGCCUACGUAUCUGCUUCGAUGGCCUUAUCCACGUUCACCAGCAGCGGUGUGUCUUUGAACGUACAAGACCUGGCUCCAUCAUGUGCCGGGGCUCUUUUUGGUUUCAUGAAUAUGUGUGGUGCUUUCAUGGGCCUGCUGCUGGUCUCGUUCUCCGGCUACCUGAUCGAGGUCACCUUGUGGACAGCUGUGUUCUCGCUCAUCACAGUAGUGAAUUUCACGGGCCUCGGAUUCUUCCUUGUCUUUGGAGAUGCCCAUCGUGUAGACAUUGUCCCGAUGUCUCCCGGUUCAGUCAGCUCGCCGUGA